ACCCGUUUUCCAGCGUUAACUGCGCGCGUGCCCGUGAGCGCGUGUCCGUGAUAAAACAAUGCACGUGACUGUUCUCGAAAAAGAGUAGGCUACAUGGACCCUCACAGAGCCGCUUCUCACCAUUAUGCCUGUUCUACACGCUGAAAUAACAUAGAGAAUGCUAUAAAGCCACUCCUCCAUCAUGCUGAGUCGCUUGCAGGAGCUCAAGAAAGAAGAGGAGACUCUUCUGAAAAUCAAAGUCAUGCUGCAGGAUCAGCUUAACAGGCUGAAGUUUGAAGAGGGAGCCCUGAAGUCCAUGAUCAAUGCUCAGUCUGAGGAGAGCCCAACUGACCCUGCUCCUCCUGAGGCUGAGGUCAACCUAGACAAUGAAAGUGAGAUCAAUCAGACUAAACUAAUACUAGGUGCUCCUACUGACUAUGAAAUGGAGGAGGAGGAAGAGGACGAAGAUGACGACGACGACGAAGAGGACGAUCUUGAUAUGGUGCUGGAGGAGGAAGAUGAUGACGACUACUGAAUUUACAUUCAGUUAGCACAAGUGAACUGUUUAGGUGUGUAAUGAGCAAAAUGGCAUGCCAAAAGAUAAUGUGUUCAUAGAUUGUUUCUGUUUCUUGUUUUGUCUACAGAUUAUGCUAUAAUUUAUUAACUCUAGGUAAAAGACAACUUGAGAUCAAACCACAAAAUGGUGUGUAGCAACAAGCAAGCAUAGAAGCUCAUUUUUCGGUACUGUAUAUGAGGCGAAGCCUACACUGUUGUCACUUUUCUAAAUUAAGCCUGCGCCAUUAUUGUAUUUCUUUCUUUCUUUUGAAAAAAAAAUGACAUGUAGCCAAUGUUUCAGAUAACAGUACAUUCAGUUUGAAUGUACUUAUAUAAAUCUGUGUUGACUUCAUAGCAUUUAAGUUGAGAGUUGCCAGAGAUACUUUUUAGAUGUAAUGUGAGAGACAGAGUGAAUGCAUGUGUGUAUCUAAUGCAUGUGCCUAGGUCAUUUCUUGAUGAGCCAGUACUGUACAGUGAUGUCUUUUUGUACUCCAUGAGGAAUAUUGUAUAUGUUUAGUACAGUGGUUUAAAAUACUUAAGCACAAUACAGAAGUUGGAAUCUCCA